AUGAAGUUCAAUUUAUGGCCAAGUGCAAUUUAUCCAGUUGAGGUUGAUAUAGAUAUUGAAGAGGUGAAGAAAAGAUUAUUCCUGAAGAAAUCAAUUAAAGUUGUAUCUGUGUGGUCAAGGUUCAAGAUUGCUUCGAUUAGCAAAAUUGACAUACGGAAAUUUAGAAAGAUGCCAUAUGCAUUAUUUCAAGGAAGAAGGACAGACAACUCUGAAUUCAUGUUUUCUGAAGCUGAUUUCCCUAAAAUAAACCAAGCUGAUAUCAGAUCACUGAUCAUUUGGUUGAAACAAAGGGUGAGUACAGAUAAAGCUCAUGGAGAUGUUCUACAAUGCCCAAAGCAAUAUGUGCUCGACAUGGUUAUUGAUUUCAGUGUUGACUGGGAGAUUGGACAGCUAGGAGAAAAAGAAGUUGAGGAACCAAAUUUGGAUCUAAAUAUGGAAAUUGAGUCACCUGGGAAUAUUCUAAAGAAACCACACUGA